UCCCUAGUCUCCGCCUCCACCAAUGGAAAUGAAAAAUUGGAAUGGCCUUCUUCGUUUCUUCCUCCUUCUGUCUCUGGAGUCCCAAUUGCCGCCGAGCCUAUAUAUACACGUCCCCUCUAAAACCUAAAUGCACAUUUCUCUCAUCUCAUCCUAAUCUCUUCCAUUCGAUCGCAGAAGUUUGUAAUUCCGAGAAAAAAUGGCUACUUUUACUCUCACCGGAUUGCUCAAACAGGUCGCCGGGAGAUCCCCCCUCCUGCGUGCUAUCUCUGUCUCCGGAAAGUUUGAUCUCACCCAUGCACGGCUCCAUGAACUAGUUGAACGCGCCGCCUUUCGCCUCCUGGCCGCCGGUGUCAAGCCUGGCGACGUAGUGGCCCUCACCUUUCCUAAUACCGUUGAGUUUGUAAUUAUGUUUCUGGCCGUGAUUCGUGUCCGAGCCACCGCGGCGCCACUUAACGCUGCCUACACUUUAGAUGAAUUUGAGUUCUACUUGUCAGACUCAGAAUCGAAGCUUUUAUUGACUUCAAAGGAAGGCAAUGAACCUGCACAAUCCGCAGCUGCAAAACUGAACAUUCCUCAUGCCAAAGCUACGCUUGCAGAUGCCGACUCGGAAGUUACUCUGUCAUUAUCUCAGUUUGAGUCUGCUCCUGAUUCACUUUCUGAACUCCUAAACAACCCUUCUGAUGUGGCACUUUUUCUCCACACAUCUGGCACGACAAGCCGCCCCAAAGGUGUUCCUUUAACUCAGGAAAAUCUGUAUUCAUCCGUGCAAAAUAUCAAAUCGGUUUAUAAACUUUCUGAGUCAGACUCUACGGUCAUCGUUUUGCCAUUGUUUCACGUGCAUGGGUUACUGGCUGGGUUGUUGAGUUCGCUUGGAGCUGGAGCUUCCGUGGUUCUCCCUGCUGCUGGCAGAUUCUCAGCUUCCACAUUUUGGUCAGACAUGAACAAGUAUAAUGCUACGUGGUACACAGCUGUGCCCACCAUACACCAAAUCAUACUUGAUCGACAUCUCAGCAGCCCCGAACCUAGUUACCCCAAACUACGAUUCAUUAGGAGCUGCAGCGCCUCGUUGGCUCCUUCCAUCUUGGCUAGGCUUGAAGAGGCCUUUGUUGCGCCAGUUCUAGAGGCAUAUGCGAUGACAGAGGCAACACACUUGAUGGCCUCCAACCCAUUGCCUGAGGAAGGACCACAUAAGGCUGGUUCAGUUGGGAAACCCAUAGGUCAAGAGAUGGCGAUAUUAGAUGAGCAUGGGGUGGAACAGGGGGCUAAUGCCACUGGUGAGGUUUGUAUUCGCGGUCCAAAUGUAACUAAAGGGUACAAGAACAACCUGGAAGCUGAUAAAUCAGCUUUCCAAUUUGGGUGGUUCCAUACAGGAGACCUUGGGUUCUUUGACUCGGAUGGCUAUUUGCAUCUUGUUGGCCGAAUCAAGGAGUUGAUCAAUCGUGGAGGGGAAAAGAUAUCACCGAUUGAAGUGGAUGCUGUCCUUUUAUCUCUUCCUGACAUUGCUCAAGCUGUUGCAUUCGGAGUACCUGAUGACAAAUAUGGGGAAGAGAUAAAUUGUGCAGUUAUACCCCGUGAAGGAUCAAACCUUGACGGGUCUGAGGUAUCUAGAUUUUGCAAGAAAAAUCUUGCGGCAUUCAAGGUGCCAAAGAAGGUUUUCAUUACCGAUUCUCUCCCAAAAACUGCUACAGGGAAAAUCCAGCGACGAAUUGUAGCAGAACACUUCCUUGCUCAGAUAUCUACUGCUAAAGUCCCGAAGUUGGGAGCCUAAACAAGUGCUGAGCCAAGGGGAAAAUAAGAUCACUAGUCAACUGUCUUUGUUACUGGAUUUCAAAUAUUCAUUUUACAAUUGUUGAACAAGCCAAUUUCUCCAUCUGAUAAAAUUAUGUAGAUAAGUUUUUAGGGUUCUUGAUAUAAUAAUAUAUUAUUCUUGUAACCAAGUAGGGCUGAUGAAUGCAUUCAUUAAUUUUAUUUAUAUCUAAUGGUAACAAGUAAUGUUAUUUA